AUGUCGAAAAUUUGUAGUAUGAGGUUACCAAGCUUUGAUGUUGCCAAAGAAUGUCAUCUUCUUUUUGUUGAGGAAGUUAAAAAUGUGGAGGAAUCUGUCAAACUCAAAAUGGAUGAACUUAAGCCCAAGAUAUCGAAAGAGGUGGUAAAGAUAGAACAAAACUAUACGAGUCUUCAUAACAAGGUGGAUGUUCUUGCUGAUGUAAUCAAGAAGCUUGUGGAGUAUAAUACUUUUUUCUCCACCAAACAUGAAUCCAAGAAAGAAACAGAUUCGAAAGUGUUUGAAAAGAUGGAGGAGUUUUGGGAAGUCUAA